CUGGAGCACUGCAAUAGUGGGAGUAGGGGGUUAUAUUCUGGAGAGUGAGCUGUGUCAGAGAAGCAGUGUGUCCAGUGGGCAGGACAUUUGACUUUGGGAAAGGUCCCACAAGUAACUGUAGUAGAUAUUAAUUUGCUUGCUAGUGCUUGAAGGCUGCUUGCUCACCAGACAAGUGAAGCCUGGACGAGUUUAGCCCUGCAUAGGAAAAGACAAAGUAGAUUUUUUGAUCACAGUCGGAGGAACUGGGAACAGAGUGAUCUCUCUCUACCCAACACGAAGAGUGAAGACGCAACCAUGGUUCCCUGCGGACCAGCUUUGACGUUUGCCCGAUGUAUACUUCGAAGGAAAAUUGUAACUCUGGACAGUCUUGAGGACUCAAAGUUAUGUCGCUGUCUUUCAACUGUAGAUCUCGUUGCUCUGGGAGUAGGGAGCACCCUUGGAGCUGGAGUAUAUGUCCUUGCAGGAGAAGUGGCCAAAGGAAAUUCCGGACCUAGUAUUAUAAUUUCUUUUCUUAUUGCUGCUUUAGCCUCUGUAAUGGCUGGACUUUGCUAUGCUGAAUUUGGAGCCCGUGUGCCAAAGACUGGAUCAGCAUAUUUGUAUACAUAUGUCACUGUUGGAGAACUGUGGGCUUUUAUAACUGGUUGGAACCUCAUCUUGUCCUAUGUAAUAGGUACAUCAAGUGUAGCAAGAGCCUGGAGUGGCACAUUUGAUGAACUUCUGGGGAAGCGAAUUGGUCAGUUCUUCAGUACCUACUUCAGGAUGAAUUCACCGGGACUGGCUGAAUAUCCAGACAUCUUUGCAGUUUUCUUAAUUCUCCUUUUAUCUGGCCUGCUCUCUUUCGGAGUAAAGGAAUCGGCGUGGGUGAACAAAGUGUUCACAGCGGUGAAUGUUCUGGUGCUCGUGUUCGUUAUGAUCGCUGGAUUUGUGAAAGGCGACCUGCAAAACUGGAAGAUCACAGAAUCCUUCCUACAAAACAUCUCUGCUACAGACGAAAACGCUGUAUCCUAUGCUAAUGUGACAAGCUUAUAUGGAGCUGGAGGCUUUAUGCCAUAUGGGCUGACAGGGAUGCUGGCUGGCGCUGCUACAUGCUUCUACGCCUUUGUUGGAUUCGAUUGCAUUGCUACAACCGGGGAAGAAGUCCGAAAUCCACAGAGAGCAAUACCCAUCGGGAUCGUCGCCUCUCUAUUAAUAUGUUUUAUGGCAUAUUUUGGAGUGUCAGCUGCACUGACUCUUAUGAUGCCAUACUACAAGUUAGAUGAGAAAAGCCCGCUUCCCGUAGCAUUUGAGUAUGUUGGAUGGGGCCCUGCAAAAUACGUUGUGGCUGUAGGCUCUCUCUGUGCUCUCUCUACAAGUCUUCUCGGAUCCAUAUUCCCAAUGCCUCGUGUAAUCUAUGCAAUGGCCGAAGAUGGUUUGCUUUUCAAAUCUCUAGCUAAGAUCAGUCCCAGGACGAAGACUCCGGUUAUUGCCACACUGUCGUCCGGUGCCGUGGCAGCUGUCAUGGCAUUUCUCUUUGAUCUCAAGGCCCUCGUUGACAUGAUGUCCAUUGGUACUCUUCUUGCAUAUUCACUGGUGGCUGCUUGUGUUCUUAUCCUCAGAUACCAACCUGGUUUAGGUUAUGAGGUGCCUAAAAACGAUGCUGAGAAAGAAAUGCUGUCCUCCUCUGAAAGAGAAUCAAUGAUGAACGAAUCACAGAUCAGCAUCCUGCAAGAUAAGAGCUCCAGCUUCCACAGGCUGAUGAAUCCACCUAGCGUGCCAACGGAACAGUCUGCCUCCUUUGUUAGCAGCCUAGUAGGAUUGCUAGCUUUCAUCAUUUGUGCACUGAGUGUUCUUACAACAUAUGGUGUCCAGGCGAUUGCUGAUAUGGAGGUGUGGAGUCUCGCCCUGCUGGUUUUGUUUAUUGUAUUGAUCUGCUUGAUUGUGGCGAUUAUUUGGCGACAGCCUCAAAACAAGCACAAAAUUUCUUUCAUGGUACCAUUUCUACCAGUUCUUCCAGUUUUCAGCGUCUUGGUCAAUGUUUAUUUGAUGGUGCAGUUGAGUGGUGACACGUGGAUAAGAUUUAGUAUAUGGAUGGUGAUCGGUUUCUUGAUAUACUUUGCGUACGGCAUUAGAAACAGCAUGGAAGGAAAACCCAAGGCAGUUGAGGAUGAAGAAGACGACGAGGAUUCAGAUGCCAGCCCUACCGAGGAAAAAACAGGGAAAGAAAAUGAAGAAGAAAAUGCCAAGGAAAGCGACCAUUUUAUUUUGCAUGAAAGGACAAGCGAAUGCUAAUCGGAACUGUCUUUGGAAGAUGCUUUUAUGGCACGUCAUUGAAGCAACAAACUGUCCCCGCUGUAGGAUACGUAUCUCAUGCAGUUAUAUGAGCUGCUCACAAAAAAAAUAUGCUGGAGCAACUUCAAAAUAGCAAGAAAUGCCAUUGUAUGACUGACUCUGUGGUCACCCUUUGUGCAACUACUACAGUGUGUCCAUAGGGAGGCGCUACACAAGCUAUUGCUGCUAACCAACUUAACUAGUUCUUAUGUAAUCCCUUUUAACAACUCUUCUUUCCCUGCCACUCUAACAUUUUCUGCCAAAUCCAGACUUAGAGCCUAGGGGGAUAUUAUUACUAUAUUUUAUUAUUUAGUGGUGUCAUUUUCCAUAGAGAAUGUUCAAUUACAUCUGUCCAUGACCCAGUGCAGCUCACUAUCGGUGUGUUCACUACUAGAGGCACAAGCACUCACACAAAGGUUCAUUUGAUCAGUAGCCAAUCAACCUACAUGAAUGUUUUUUGGUCUGUGAGAGGAAAGUGGAACACUUGGAAGAAUCCAAACAGAGACAAUAUGUAAACUCCAUUCUGGUAGUGGAAAUCAAGCAGUGAUUUAUGUCCCCUCUCCUCCCCAGUCCUCAAACUGCCAUUUGCAAGUUCUUGUUCAAGGAUAAAUACUUUGUAAUUGUUAUUAUUGUAAAAUGUCACACAAACACGCUACUUUUUAUUCAUACACAGGGUUUAUUUAAGAACAUAGAUGCUUAAUUGCACCAUUGCCGGGAGCAGUAGCAACCAAAUAGUAGGUCAUUUUUAAAAGGUGGGAAAAUUGAGAAAAAAUGUAAACAAAGGAUUUAUUAUAUAUCUUAUGGGAAGCUGCAAUAGUGCACUUUUGCAGGUAUGUUAAUAAAUUAGCCCCAAUGUAUUCUAUAGGGCAAUGAUCCCCAACCAGUGGCUCGUGAGCAACACGUUACUCUC